AUGUCCUCAUUCAAAAAUGUUUUUUAUAUCCAAGCUGGACUUGGAGUUUUAGCCAAUAUGUUUCUUCUUUUUUUCUAUAUUUUCAUAAUUCUAGGUCACAGACCUAAGCCUGCAGACCUGAUAUCCUGUCAACUGACCUUUGUUCACAUAAUGAUGGUUCUCAUUGGAGGGGAUAUGUUGCUUACAGACUUAUUUGAGUCACUGAACAUUGGGAAUGACUUCAAAUGCAAGACAACUUUUUACUUAUUCAGGGUGAUGAGAGGCCUCUCUAUCUGCAUCACUUGCCUCUUGAGUGUGUUCCAGGCAGUUACUAUCAGUCCAAAUACCUCUUUAUUGGGAAAAUUUAAACAAAAAAUUAAAAAAUACAUGAUCCAUAUUUUCUUAUGUAUUUGGUUUUUCAAUUUGUCCUUCAGUACUAACAAAAUCUUUUAUACUGUUGGUUUUAUCAAUGUGAGUGAGACCAACCAGAUGCAGGUCACUAAAUCCUGCUCUCUCUUACCCAUGAACUACAUCAUCAGGGGACUGAUUUUUACAAUGUCAACUUCCAGAGAUGUGUUUCUUGUAGGAGUCAUGCUGAUCACAAGCACAUACAUGGUAUUUUUUUUGUUCAAGCAUCAAAAGCAAUGCAAGCAUGUUCAUAGCAUCAGUCACUUGAGAGAGUCUCCUGAGAAAAGGGCCACCCAGACUAUCUUGGUGCUCGUGGUUUUCUUUGUGGUCAUGUACUGGGUGGACUUCAUCAUCUCAUUCACCUCAUACAUGUUAUGGAUGUAUGACCCAGUCAUCCUGACUGUUCAGAAGUUUAUGAUGUGUGCCUAUCCCACAAUUACCGUCUUGGUACAAAUCAGUUUUGAUAACCGAAUAAUAAUUAUGCUGAAAAAUAUUCAUUUAAAAUGCUACCAGAGUUGUUAUUAA